AUUGAAUUGAAACUCCAUCUGUAUAUGUAUGCAUGUUUUGCUUUGAUGAUUGAAUACACCCAGGAAUUGGAGGCUGCAGGUUUUAGUGGCGUGAGCAAGGAGGAGAUGAGGUGCAGUACUACGGCGGAAUUAAGGCGUCGGAGAGGUGAGAAGAGGCCUCUUUCAUCGGAAGAGGAAGACGACCACCCCACAACCAAGCCUUUGUUCUAUUCCUCACCUCAAUCUCAGCACGAUAUGUCCGCCAUGGUUUCCGCUCUUUCCCAAGUCAUUGGUUGCUGCAAUAACACCACCACAUAUGCACCCGCCCCCGCCUUAUACCACCAAUCUCCUCAACCCAAUCUUCAUCAUCAACAACAACCACCUGCAGGUGGCGUGAACCAAAGGAAAAGACACUAUAGGGGAGUUAGGCAGCGGCCAUGGGGGAAGUUUGCGGCGGAAAUCCGGGAUCCCAAAAAGGCGGCUAGGGUUUGGCUGGGAACCUUUGAAACAGCAGAAGCUGCAGCUUUAGCGUACGAUGAAGCAGCGUUAAGGUUCAAAGGGAACAAGGCAAAGCUGAAUUUCCCGGAAAGGGUUCAAGGCAGAACCCAGUUUGGAUAUCUAACCACCCGACAAGACUUGCCUAUUGUUUCAUCGUCCAAUAAUCAUCUUUACUCUUCUGCUUCUCACACCACUACCUAUCCCAAUGUCGACCAUUACGCGCACCUCCUGGGCCACGGCCGCCGCGACUUAUUACCCAAUUUUGAGGUGCUUUCUACUACUCAUCACAUCUUUCAACCUCCACCACCAACAACAUCAAAUCACAACAUUAUUAUUAAUGCUCGUACACCUGCCGCUUGCUUUCAACAAUCACCAAAUAAUUAUAAUUACUUGUUUCCAUUCAACUUCGGGACGACUACUUGUUCUUCUUCCACUUCUGCGCCUAAUAAUAAUGAAGACGAUGAUCUUGAUUUCAAGAAUACGACCAAGUGAUAUAUAUGAUCCAGGUUGUCCCUCCAAUUAUAUAUAUUGGAUGCUUAGCUUUGCUUCCAUUCAUUCUUGCUUUUUACUCAUUAUCAUCAUCAAUGUUUAAAUUGUAAGUUCUUCAGUUUCAACCUUAAACUACAAGCGGUUUUUCAUCACUAUAUAUAUAUAUAUAUAUGUGCAUCUGUUACAUUGAAGUGC